AUGUCUGCCAGUUUCACUUUGGAUCUUCUAUUCAGUCAGAUAUGGCACGAUCCACGUCUUCGAUUCGAUCAUAUCACGAAUUGUCUUCAGAAUUUGACACUUGGAUAUUCAAUGGUAGAAAAACUAUGGACACCAAAUGUAUGUUUUGUGAAUUCGAAGAAAACCGAAAUUCAUUCAUCACCAACACCGAACAUCUUCCUUAUGAUUUACCCAAAUGGUACCGUAUGGGUCAAUUAUCGUCUACAAGUGCAGUCGCCGUGUAUGGUGGAUCUUGUAUUGUUUCCAAUGGAUAUUAUGAAUUGUGAAUUAAUCAUCGAAAGUUACGCCUACAAUGCUGCAAAAGUGAAAUUGAACUGGCGAGAAUGGCAGCCUGUAUUCUCGAUAGCAAAAUCAAAAUUAUCCGAUUUUACCCUUUACGGGCUUCAAUGGACCAAAAAUAGUUUUGAAUAUGCAGCAGGUCAAUGGGAUCAGCUAACCGUUUCUCUGACAUUCUCUCGUGCUUAUGGAUUCUAUAUCCUUCAGAUGUACAUUCCAACCUAUUCAUCUGUAUUUCUCUCCUUUGUCAGUUUCUGGAUAGAUUUAAAAGCUCUUCCGGCCAGAAUAACUCUGGGAGUCAGCUCACUGAUGGCUCUAACAUUCCAAUACGGAAAUGUCGCCAAGAAUCUGCCACGGGUUGGUUAUGUCAAAUCAAUUGAUGUCUACAUGGUUUUGACUACAGCAUUUAUUUUCUUGACUAUGAUCGAGGUGGCGUUUGUCUGUUAUCUGGACAGUGAGAACAAUCUGAGAAGAAAAGAACGACAAGCCGAAAAGAAGAAAGAACGGGUUGCUGCGUUGCAAAGAAAGAAGGAUAAGAAGAAGAACAACUACGGAGCUACAACGUUGACGAAUGCAAACGCAGCUGAAAGUGAUUUGAGGAGUAACUACGAUGAACCUUUUUCGAAUGGCACUUCAUCGUCUCAUAAAAUCUCAAUAUCCCGCCAGGCGAACAAUAUGUUCGAAUCCCUUCAUGCGCUCGCUCAAUUCGGUAAUUUAUUCUUUGCCUUUGUCUUUGAGUCAAGGACUUUGACAUACUCAUUUUUUUUCUUUCAGGUUUACUCGCCGACGACGAUGAUGAGAAUACGAAAUGGACGGCGCAGAACAAAAGCGUUUCCGAUAUCGUUUUGUCUUCUCAAUCUCAUUUAUUGGUGCUAUUAUUUAUACCAAAACUAUCAAGCCAAAUUGGAAGCCCUUGCUCAGAUGACACCCCCAUCUUAA